GUCAACGUAAAACAAACCAAGAUGGUGGCCAAAAAAUUGUUAUCCAUUUACGGUUUGUUAAAAAACGUCGAGUUUCAUCAGGCUAGCGGAAUCGCUGAGGAUUUAUACAAUCAGAACAAAGAUGAAUUUCAUCCGCCAAUUUGCAAAGGAAUGUUGGAAUACGAGUGGGUUGCGUUCAUUGAAAACAAGAGACAGAGUAUUGGAGGUGAAUUGUGGAGUUUCAGUGCAGAAGUGUUGAUAUGUGAGGAUAAUUCAAUGAUUGGUGAUUUUGAGAUAUUCAAGAAAUGGAUAGAAGCUAAUUACCAGCUCAGUGAUUACAGACCAUUACCCUUAUGGCAUGCAAUGGCCAAAGAGAAAUAUAAAACCCAUUUACUUGAAUCCAAGCACAACUUUGUUUUUCUGGACAUACAAGUCUCAUCAGAAUCAAUAGGGAGACUACUAAUAGAGUUAUACAGCGACAAAUGCCCAAAGACAUGUAGUAAUUUCCUAGAAUUAUGCCAUGGAGCAUUGGUAGCAGAUGAGAAAGCAGAUACAACUAAGAAGCUUACAUAUAAACAGUCAAUCUUUCAUAGAAUUGUACCAAAUGGUUGGAUACAGGGUGGAGAUUUCAUAACCCAAAAGGGUAUUGGAGGUCAAUCAAUAUAUGGCGCACUUUUUGAAGAUGAGAACUUCUCUGUGCCUCACAAUAAGCGAGGGAUUGUUGGCAUGGCAAACAAAGGGAGACACACCAAUUCAUCUCAAUUCUACAUCACGUUGCAACCAACUCCAUGGAUGGACACAAAAUAUGUUGCAUUUGGGCAAGUGAUAGAAGGAAUGGAUGUACUAAAAACACUUGAAGAACAGGAAACGUAUAACGAGAGACCAAAACAAACAUGCAUGAUAGUUAAUUGCGGAAUAUUUGAUGUUGAAAAGCUAUGGUCAUAAUUAGACACAAAUAUUAAUUUAUUGUUGACAGUGUCAUCAAAUUAAAAUUGCAACAAGGUCAUCUAAAAUUAAUUUUGGUUACCAAGGCAAACUUGGUAUUUUUAUGAAACAUGCGAAGUUGUUCACAGCAGUUGUAAUAUAACUUUCUUUUUUUAAUUAAAUUUUAAACAGUAU